CUGGCGGGAACCUGGAACCUUUAAGUUACCGCAGACCUUUUCAGCAGCUAUACAGCCCGGGGUUGGGGUGGGCAACGUAGGCUUCCCGGGGGUGGAGGAGAGAAUGCCUCCUAUGCUGAGCUAAACCAUGCCUAGCAGCUCCGGAGAGCUGGGAGUGCGGCAGAGUAAAGGGUCUGAGCGUGGGGCACAACCCCGGGAAGAUGGAGGAAGUGAGAGGCGGGAAGCGCCCUGCAGGACACGGGUACACACACAGGUGGUGAAGCCGGGCGGUGGUGGCCUUUACUCCCAGCAUUCAGGAGGCAGAGGCAGGCGGAUCUCUCUUGAGUUCCAGACCAGCGUGGGCUACAGAAAAAAAAAAAAAAACUCACGUGAUAAUGUGCACUUGAGUUAAGGGUUUGAUAGAAGGAUACCAAGGAAGAGCCAAUUUGUCAGAUUUUGACCCCUGUCAGAAGAGAAUAACACUGUCGGAAACGAGUCCCACCUUAGGGUGGGUUCACAUCCUCUGGAACCACCGACCUGGAUUUCCCCUUACUAAACUAAUUUAUCAAUUCAAAAAUUUCUGCAACCUGGAUUACAGGGCAGCUGAAGAUGAGAUCAAAUUGCUUAACUAGCCGAUGCUUCCUGAGCUGAUAUGGAAGUAAUAGUUUCUGCCUCCUGGAGCCAUCUACACAGUAAAGCACCUCCUGGGGUUGAACGCACAGUUAUCAUGAAGAGGCUACGAGCAUCCAUAAGGAGUCACAGAAAGCUGUCAACCAACCACGAGAGAAGGAAAAAAUGUGCCCUUAGCAGCAGCCAGGCCAAGCCUUCUGCCCCUGCUGGCCGGGCCAAGCAGAAGGGAGAGGAGUUACUGCAGACUUCCGUCUCCCCAUACCAUCUGUUCAGAGACAUGGCGGAUGUCGAGACUUUCCGAAGGACCUUGCUCAGCUGGUAUGACCAAGAGAAGCGGGACCUUCCUUGGAGAAGAUGGGUAGAGGAGGAGGCCGACUUGGACAGGCGGGCCUAUGCUGUAUGGGUGUCAGAGGUUAUGCUGCAGCAGACCCAAGUUGCCACAGUGAUCGACUAUUAUAACCGAUGGAUGCAGAAGUGGCCAACGCUCCAGGACCUGGCCAGUGCUUCCCUGGAGGAAGUGAACCAACUCUGGUCUGGCCUCGGCUACUAUUCUCGAGGCCGUCGGCUGCAAGAGGGAGCUAGGAAGGUGGUAGAGGAGCUAGGAGGUCAUGUGCCACGUACAGCAGACACCCUACAGCAGCUCCUGCCUGGCGUGGGGCGGUACACAGCUGGAGCCAUUGCUUCCAUUGCCUUUGGCCAGGUAACUGGUGUGGUGGAUGGGAAUGUUUUACGGGUGCUGUGCCGUGUCCGCGCCAUUGGUGCCGAUCCCAGCAGCACCUUUGUCUCUCAUCACCUCUGGAGCCUAGCCCAUCAGCUAGUGGAUCCAGCCCGGCCUGGGGACUUCAAUCAAGCAGCCAUGGAGCUGGGGGCCACAGUGUGUACUCCACAGCACCCUCUCUGCAGCCAGUGCCCUGUGCAGAGCCUUUGCCAGGCGUACCAGAGGAUGGAGUGCAAACAGCUCGUAGCCUUGCCAGGCAGUCCUGACAUAGAGGAGUGUGCUCUCAAGACUAGACAGUGCCAGCUUUGCUUACCUCCCACAAAACCCUGGGACCCCACUCUGGGAGUGGCCAACUUUCCUCGAAAGGCCAGCCGCAGGCCUCCCAGAGAGGAGCACUCUGCCACUUGUGUUCUGGAGCAGCCCAGAGCCACUGGGGGUCCCCUCAUCCUGCUGGUGCAGAGGUCUAACUCAGGUCUGCUGGCAGGACUGUGGGAGUUUCCAUCUGUUGCCUUGGAGCCCUCAGAAGAGCAGCAGCACAAAGCCCUCCUGCAGGAACUGCAGAGCUGGUCUGGACUCCUCCCAGCCACUCGUCCCCAGCACCUGGGGGAGGUGACCCACGCCUUCUCUCACAUCAAACUGACGUAUCAGGUAUAUCGUGUGACCCUAGAAGGACAGACCCCAGUGACCCCUGCACCUCCUGGCGCUCGAUGGUUGACUUGGGAGGAAUUCCACACUGCAGCUGUCUCUACCGCCGUGAAAAAGGUAUUCCGAAUGUAUGAGGACCAUCGGCGAGGGACCUGCAAGGGUUCUAAAAGGUCCCGGGUGUCUACUCCAUCAAGCCGGAAAAAACCCAGCCGGGGACAGCAAAUCCUGGAUAGUUUCUUUCAGCCUCAUAUUCCCUCAGACAUACCCAACAGUAUGACCCAGUGACACCCUUGUGAAGCCUACCCCAAAUCCAGUCUAAUAAAAUGCUUAUUUUUGUAGUCCUUUUGGAGACCA